UUGUACGAAUUUAUUAUUUUAAAGUUGCGGGUGGGAGCAAAAAUAAACAUAGCGGGUAGGAGACGAGCAAUCGGCUCAGACUCAGAAUGCAACGCGUCACGCCGGCGCCGUGCGAGGUUGUGCGAGGCAACGGCUACAAGAGCUGCAGGAGCGUCCACAAGCAGUGCCGGUGUGUGCGGAUCUCAUUACAGGUCCAUGAACAGCGGUGUCGGUGUCGACAUUACAACGUGGCUCGUGCUGCUGCAGGCGGCGGCACAACGUGAUGCAGCGCGACUGUACGACUGCACAGCUGUACAACAGGUACACGAACGAUGUUGUGGGUGUCGACAAUACAACGUGGUUUGUGCUGCUGCAGGCGGCGGUAGAAUGUGA